CAAUUCCUCACACCUUAUAAACUCUCCAACUCUCUCCACUUUCUCACACUCUGCUUCCUCUCUCCAAAGCCUGAAAGAAAAAAAAAAUCAUCUUUCUCUUUCUCAUAUUUUCUCUGUGUGUGAAUUUGUUGUUCUUUCACAAUGGAACAACCUCCUUCCUCGUCUCUUCAGGUGGAGACAGCACAACAACCGGGACCUAGUCCUCUCCGAAAAAUGUUCGCUGUCUCGUCAAUCGCCGCGGGAAUUCAAUUCGGGUGGGCCCUACAGCUCUCUCUUCUGACACCGUACGUCCAGACCCUCGGCGUCCCUCACGCAUGGGCGUCGUUCAUUUGGCUCUGCGGCCCAAUCUCUGGGCUGCUUGUGCAGCCCAUUGUAGGGUACAGCAGCGACCGAUGCAGAUCCCGCUUUGGUCGCCGCCGUCCCUUCAUCUUCGUCGGAGCCAUCGCCGUCGCAAUUGCUGUGUUCCUCAUCGGCUAUGCAGCCGAUAUAGGACACGCGGCGGGCGAUGACCUCACGAAGAAGACCCGUCCACGCGCGGUGGUGGUUUUUGUGGUCGGCUUCUGGAUCCUGGACGUGGCCAACAACAUGCUCCAGGGUCCAUGCCGCGCCUUCCUCGGUGACCUCGCCGCCGGGGACCACCGCAAGACGAGGACCGCCAACGCCUUCUUCUCGUUCUUCAUGGCCAUCGGAAACGUCCUCGGCUACGCAGCCGGCUCCUACGACAAACUCCACCGCGCCUUCAAAUUCACACAAACCGAAGCGUGUGACGUGUUCUGUGCAAACCUCAAGAGCUGCUUCUUCUUCUCAAUUGUCCUCCUCCUGGUUCUUUGUUUCGUUGUGCUCAUUUGCGUCGACGACCCACAAUUCACGCCACGUGGCGAUGACAACAAUGGCGAAAACGACGGCGUUUCGGGGUCGUGCUUUGGGGAACUCUGGGCUGCGUUUAAAGGUCUAAAGAGGCCAAUGUGGUUGUUGAUGGUAGUGACCGCUAUAAACUGGGUGGCGUGGUUUCCGUACAUGCUGUUCGAUACUGAUUGGAUGGGGCGUGAGGUGUACGGUGGUAAGGUGGGGGAGAAAGCAUACGAUUCGGGAGUGCAUAAGGGGGCGUUGGGGCUUAUGCUGAACUCUGUCGUUUUGGCAUUGAUGUCGUUGACGGUGGAACCGUUGGGUCGUUUCGUUGGGGGAGUUAAGUGGCUAUGGGGAAUCGUAAACGUAAUUCUCGCCGUUUGCAUGGCAAUGACGGUGGUUAUCACAAGGGCUGCAGAACAUGAACGGAAAAACGGCGUUUCUGCUGUUGGGCAUCCCUCAGUUGGUGUGCAAGUGGCUGCAUUGACUUUCUUCUCCGUCCUUGGUGUUCCUCUUGCUAUUACUUUCAGCGUCCCCUUUGCACUGGCAUCUAUAUACUCCUCCACUUCAGGAGCAGGCCAAGGUUUAUCCUUGGGUGUCCUCAAUGUUGCAAUUGUCGUGCCACAGAUGAUAGUAUCGGCUAUAAGUGGACAGUGGGAUAAGUGGUUUGGUGGUGGCAACUUGCCGGCGUUUGUGUUGGGUGCCGUGGCGGCCGCCGUGAGUGCCGUGUUAGCGGUUGUUCUGCUGCCAACACCAAAGCCAGCAGAUGUGGCCAAGGUUACUUCCGUCACUGCUGGGAGUUUCCAUUAGUAUAUAUUAUAGAGUUUUACAUGCAUGGGACAAUAUUAGAUGGAGACUUUUAAUUUAAAUUUGGUGAGUGUGUAUCAUUUAGGUAUUAGACCCAUCAAAUAACUCUUUAGGGUGGGCUUAAGUUUUAUCCUUGUUUUGUCUAAUAAAUAUAUGUACAACAACAUUAAAAAAUUAAAAAUCCAUCAAAUGCUUCGUAUUGCCAUUUUGGCAACAUAAA